GAAGGUGCAACUGAAGAACAACCUGACAUACCAGUCUCUUAUCAACAGAAGAAGAGAAUGAUCAAAUCAAUCAGAAUGCCACCGAAACUGGCACAAGAUGAUUACCAUAUUAUGGACAGACCAGAGGAAGUUAUUAUCCUUCGCCUUAGAACAGGGCACAAUAGACUUCGCUCCCACAUGUACAACAAAUUUAAGAUUGGCCAAUCGGCCAUGUGUACUUGUGGACUGGCACCUGAAACAACAGAUCACAUCCUUCAAGACUGUCCCAUAUUCAACGCUUUCAGGCAAAACAUUUGGCCAAAAGAGACACUUGUGGAAGUCAAACUGUACGGGCCGCUUAGUGAAUUACAAAAGACAGUGAAAUUCAUACAAGAGACGGCUUUGCAGAUAUAG